AUGUCCUCCUCCGCCGCCAGCCGAGGCGGCCGCGAAGCCUCUGCCACCAGCCGCGGCGGCCGCGAAGCCUCCGCCGCCAACCCACCGCGACAGCCUCCACUCCUCGUCCCCCAUCCCGUUGCGGCAGCUACGACCCUGCCUCCGUCAUCCAGGCGCGGCAGCCACGGCUCCUCCUCCGACGCCGCGGCAGCCACGUCUCGCAGCAGCCAGGUCUCCUCCGCCGCAGCGGCGGCCACGGCUCUUCCUCCGCCAUCCGGGUGCGCCAGCCACGUCUCCUCCACCGCCGCCGUGGACCACGUCGGCCAAGACUUCUCCUCCGCCAAGCCCGGAUCCUCCUCCGCUAUGCUCGGUUCCUCCUCCGCCGCCGCGGACCAUGCCGGCAACAACUUCUCCUCUGCCAUGCCCAUGAAGGGUGGAUCCAAGAAUCCACAAGGACCGCCGCUUCAUCCGUAUGAAGAGGAGCGCCUAAGACAAUGUAUGCAGAACAGUGCAAGGUUGUAGCAACUUGGAAUUCCGGGUUAUACUGCUUGUUUUGCAAGAGCAUCUGCAACUUAUAAAGACAAGAGCAAGAAACAUCAGAGAAGCAGAGAAGACUCUGAAUCCGACUAUGAGCCUUCACAAGAAG